AUGGUGUUGCUUCUACAGUUGCUGUUCAUCUUCGGAAGCUUACAUCUACACAGUUAUGGCGAAAUUGUGAGCAACGACGAGAAGUGUUGGUCGGCGUGGUCUCCCUGUACAGUGACUUGCAUUUCUCAGUCACGCGAGGCUCAAGAGGCAAACUUUGCUAGACGAUGGCGAGUAUGGUUACCAAUGCGAUGUCCCCACACCUUUCCUCCGGAUCAACUCACUCAAUUCAUGGCAUGCGGUAACACGAUCCCGCAAUGUCUUGAACUGGAGGAUAUAUUCGAUCCUUCACCACGUACCAUCUAUCGACUCAUGGCGCUGGUUCUCCUUAUGCUUUUAGCCGUUGUGCCGUCUGUCUUGAUUUGCUGCAAGUACUCAUCUGGUAUUCCAGUGAUCCGGUGGAAAAGAAAUAUUGGAUCUUCACCACGCUCCAACAUGAUGGACGCUGUAGUUAUGACUGAUCAGUUGGAAAGCAUAAGAAGCCAGUAUGCCCGACAAAUAGACCUUCAAUCUUCUCAGUAG